AUGAGACAGCCAUGGCCAACCCCCAGAGUCUGGAGACUCUCACACAUCCUCCCUAAAAUAACACACUCUCGCAGUUUCUCCAUAUCACCAGCGCAACAAUAUCGACCUCUCGAAACCCUCGAAAAUGCCACUCUCGAAACCUUCCAGCAGAAAUGCUUCCACCCAGAAAGGCCCGCGAUCCUCCCACGCGCCGAAUUCCAAGAACUCCCAGCAUUGAAACACUGGUUCAGAUCUAGUCAGCAUGAACCAGAUACAAAAGAAAAUGUCCACAUCGCCAGCUUGAACGUGGGAUAUCUCCAAAAGCACGGCGCGGACGCGUUUGUCCCACUCGAACUCACCGAAUCGCUCGACUCAAAUCCCCAAAGCGACGCGCCAGGAGCACAGACAACUAGCUUCCGACAAUUCCACGCUCCACUCACCCUCUUUCUGGACUGGAUGCGCAUGGCAGAAUCAACCCCGCAAUUAACGCGCCUGUACCUAGCCCAAUGUCAACUCCUCGAUCUCCCACCAAUCCUCAGAGCCGACUUUCCCACGCCGGAUCUGGUGUCGCGCGCCGGGAAGGGUGAUGUCUAUGAUACGAACGUGUGGAUUGGACAUCCGCCCACUUAUACCCCGCUGCAUCGAGAUCCGAAUCCUAAUUUGUUUGUCCAGUUGGCCGGACAGAAAGUCGUGAGGCUACUCGCACCGGCCGAUGGACAGGUUGUUUUUGGGGGCUGUGAGGAGAUGAUGCAAGGGAGGGAAAGGGUUUUGCUUGAUGAGACGGUUUGGGGAAGUCCUGUUUCUGCUGGCGGAGAUUGGAAUGGAGUUGGGUUUGAGGCGAGACUUGGGGUUGGGGAUGGGUUGUUUAUUCCCAAGGGGUGGUGGCAUAGUAUUAAGGGUGUUGGGGAGGGUGUGACGGCUUCGGUCAAUUGGUGGUUCCGGUAG